AUCACGUGGCUUAUGCCGGGGCUGUGAAGCUUUAGGUUGUGAAUAUUCGCCCUCCCGCGGCAUCGUGUGUGCCUGUUUCCGAGGCCUUGUGUUGCAGCAGGUGACGUGCCGGGUUCGCACUGGCGUGUUUCCUCGGCAGCCACAGCGGGGACAUGCAGGGAGGAAUCUCGCUUUCCCGCCAGUGGCGCGUCGGCCGUCGGCAGGAGAAUGAGGCAAGUCGACGACGCCAUGCAUGGUGGGUGACGCGCUGUAUUGUUCCAGCUGGCUCUCACAUGUCACCAGCUUCUUGUGCGAGGAAAGCGGCGAUGGAGCUGGUGCUCUGGGGCGACUGCCUGCCCGGAGAACACAAGCUAGGAAGCCGGUGCCUGACAAGCUUGAUCUGAGUCAUUCUCUAAACCAGCGCAGACUCGUGCCUUUUCAAUGUUGGGCCGACCCCUGGCAGAAAGCAAACAGACUGUCAGAUUGGCCUGGAACCUUCCUUACAGGCGGUGAGCGGAUAGAAGCUUGCUGUUGCGAUCAAAAGCGGCAGAAUCAAUUAAUUGCGCAGGAGCUGGCGCGCCCUGGCCCCUCUCUUUCCCCGCACUCCUAAGACCCUGGCGGCGGACCGUGGCGCCAACUGUCAGAACCACGAAUGAUUUUUCUUCUUCUUUUUUAUGUGAUAUCCUCCUUCCUAUAGUAGCUCCGUUUAGGAAGCCAAAUAAUGCUAGGAUGGUGUGUAAUCACACGGGUUGGUGCAUGCCAGACCGGCCCUGUUGCUCUGUUGGCCUCUGUCGUUCAUGGGUUCCAGGUUGGACCUGAGACCCCGUCUGCCCACUGGUAGGUACCAGUCUAGUCCGCUGGCGUUGGCCACCAAACUUGCAUGCUCCAUCACGCCGCGUCAAACGAGGUCGAGAUCAGCCCAAGUCCCGUGCCCGUGCAGGGGCGCGCCAAUCAGGAAUGGCUGGCAUUUUGAUGAUGCGUCGAUCGCAUCAGGCUCAUGAGGGCUCAGGCCCUCGAGGGUCUCUGCGGGCUCACGGAAGGGCGAGGGCAGACAAACAAACGGCCUGCAGGAGCGUAUCGACGGUUCUGUGGCAUGAAUGGGUGUGUGCUGGCCUGCAGCGACCUGCAGGCUGCCCUCUCGCAUCUUGUCGACUGCGGAAUCGGCUAUCUCACCGGGCUGCAAUUCGUCGUGCAGCAGCAUGCGAUAUGGCGGUGCGUUUUGCGCUCCAACCACCGCCCAGGGCCCCCCGCCGUCGGUGGUAUCCAUGGAUCCAUGCCGCGGCUGGCUUUUUAGCUUCAGUUCAGUCUGGCAGCGCUACGCUGAAGGUUCAUGUUGCCCGUCUCGGCUGCUCCCACGCGCUGCGUGGAGAAAAAAAAAAUACCUGUGGCUACGGCUUGUGCAAGAUUCGCCCGCCGCAGCAGAAGCGGGAGGGUCACCCCUGCACCAGUGUGGAUCACGACCGCGCCGAUGUGACCCCAGCUCCCUGUCACCCCCCCUUGUUGCCCAAGCCAUCGCCCAUCCCGUCCCAGCUUUGCCGUGUGCCCCUGCCCGUUCCAGCCAGCCCAGCCCGAUCCCCAGCGAAAAUUUGGUCACGCAGCUCACCCGAGCACCAAGCACCGAGCUUUUGUCGAUUUUUUUCCUCCUUGCCUCCCCGAAACCUCCUCUCCACCCGCCAAACCAAAUCCUCGUUAGCCUUUUGCCUCGGGAAUGCCCUCAACCUCGCACUGCGCGUCGCGAGCCUGCGAUUGACGCCCGACUAUUGACUGCAGCUCCCGUUCUGCGGCACAGCGCCCGCGCCCGCGCCCGCGCCUAGACAAGGCCGUUGGCCCGACGCGCCCGACGAGCACCCGCCACAGCGAGAUCGACAGCUGGCGCGACAUAAGCAGCCACUGCGAGCUCCCUUACUCGUCGCUCCGCCAGUCCUGUGUCCUCGUGCCGGCCCUGAAAAAAAAAAUGGAUCCGCGACAACCACCACAACACCCGUUUUCUCAGCGGAAUUCGGGCGCCUCUCCUUUGUUUACCCGCAAUCCGACUUUUCCACCCUCGACGUCAGCCCAGCAGCCACCAUUCCCGCCCACCUCGCACCCGGCGCCACCACCGAACGAUCGAACCUACCAAGUCGAGCACGGCCAGCAGCGUCGCCCGUCUGACCCGCACUACUUCUCCCAGCCACGCGCAUACGAGCCCACGUCGCACCCGGCCUCUGCUGGCCACUCGAGGCAUCCGAGUACCUCCUCCUUGCCCUCGGCGCCGUCGUCGCUGGGCCGGCCGAUGCCCCCUCCCAACUCGCCUCCCCAGCAGAGCCACGGCGCAGGACCGCACCAGAUGCCCUAUCCUCUCCCGCCCCCACGGCCCGUCGGCCAGUCCUCGGCCUUCGCCAACGGCCGCGAGCUUCCUGCGCUCGGCUCGAUUGCGCGCACCGGCAGCGCCAACAGCAGCAUGUCGAUAUCGUCCAUGCUCGGCGGUCCUGCCCCGUCCAGGGAGCCCGCGCCGGGUCCUCCCUCCCAAUAUGCGCCGCCAUCUACAAGCUCGGGAAUGUCGGGCCAAAACUACGCACCUGCCCAUCACGCGUCACCUCGGAUGCAUCACAUGAAUCCCGGCGAUUACCCGCCCUAUCGACGACCUCAAACCCCCGAUCACCAGCGACCAUACGAUGUGCGCGCAGACCCACGCGAUCAUCGCGGAAGCGCGGCGGCCUCACCUCAGGGCAUGCACCCUACCCCUGACGUUCAGAGAUACGGUACUCCCCAGGGCUACGGCCAGCGCGGCCCGCCCAUGCCCGCAGGCGACUAUGGCCGGGAACCGAGUCGCAUGCAGCAACAGGUGCCUCCCCGUCCGAGCAGCCAACCGAAAUCUUUCCCAGGCAUUCCGCAGGGUGGCCGACCGCUGGAGCAUGGCCGGCCGGGCCUGCAGCACGAACCGAUGUACGGCAGGCGCGAUGAACCGCCACCUUCAGGGGAGUACAACCCUGAGCGACCGAUUCGGGUGCCGAAAUACGAAGAGCCCAGGUACAUGACAGAGCGCGAGCGGAUGGACAGGGACCGCGAGAGGGAGAUGGAGUACCGAGAACGCCAGGAGCGGGAUCGCCAAGAGAUGGAAUAUCGCGAGCGGGAAAGACGUGAUGCUGAGAGGCGCGAGAUGGAGCGGCGCGAAAUGGAGCGUCGUGAAGUUGAGAGGCGGGAGCGUGGGAUGCCUCCUGGCGGUGAGCCUGGAAGGCCGCCGCCGGGCCAUGGGGGGCCCGAUUACGGACACCCAAAUGCAAGGGGCCCUUUGCCUCCGGGCUAUGGCCGACACCCGGACCCUCGCGACCAGGGACCAUGGCCUCGACAGCAACCGCCGCAGCAUUACGAACCUGGCCGUCCUUACGACCCUGCUGCUCACCCACCUCCGCCACCGCCUCGACACCCGGAUUACCCGCAUUCGACCGCGCCGCCCUUUGGCUCGCACCCCGCGCCAUACCACCCCCAACACCAGCCUCCCGACCGGUAUCCGCCGCCCUCACACCCGGGCCAGGCUCCCAUGCCGGGCUCUGGACCUGGGGACCGUGGCCCUCCCCCACCGCAUCCACAACCGUUCGACUCUCCAGAGCGUCAGCGCCACAUUCUCCAUCAGCACCAUCAGCAACAGCAUCCUCAACAGCAGCCACAGCAUCCGCAUCGCAACCCUGCCGACGAGCCUCCACCGCGGCCGUCGGUCGCGUACUCGGGCGGGCCCGGAGGCCCAGGGGUUGGCCCUCCCUAUGACCCUUCACGCAACAGGGUCUCGGCCGAAGAGAUACCGCCACCCCACAGGGAGCCGCCAAGAGGACUGCUGGCAAUUCAAGAGAUGAACCGCAAAGGCCGAGUAUCGCCUCUGCCACAGGCUGUGCAGGGCGCCCAACCCCAGCUGCCGGGACCAGCGAGUGAACCUGGUAUUAAGAGCGAGUUCGGUCGCAUGUUUUCUGGCAUAGGCAGUGGCGUUGGGGCUCUUUCAAGCCCUAUCCCGAGCGGCGCACAAGUUCCCUUCACGACAGCUGGCCUGAUGCGGAAGGACGAUUCGGAGGGCCCAGGACAUGAAGGGAUGGUAGACAACACGAGUGGCGUGGCCAAGCUGACCAGGGAAGCGUCGCGCAACAAGAGGCGAUCAAAGGUGAAGGAGGAGGAGGCGCGUGUGGAGGAUGACGGCUCGGGGCGCCUGACACCGGUGGGAAGGGUCAAACGUGCAAAGACCCAUAACCACGCCCACCACCACCAUCAUCAUCAUCAUCAGGCCCACCACCAUCACCACACGCAUCUUCCCGCCGAACAAUUUGCUGCCUUGGGCAACACACCAUUCAAGAACGUCAAGGGUGCCGCGGCGGUUCCGUCCCCUACACCCAUUCGUGCUGUUCACCACCAUCACCAUGCCCCACCGCGGACCUCUGCCCCGACGUCCACGCCCAAGCAGCCUGCGGCGACCACGGCACCACCGAGCCCCGCCGUCAUCCUUCUUCCCAAGCCGAAGCAGAUUAUCAGCUCUGUGGCUGUCAUAGCCAGCGUUGCCGACAAACCGAGACAGCACAUUGGCGAUGUCCUAUACGAAGUUUCGUUGGAGCCCGCGCGCGUUCAUGACCCAGUGACCGGCAGGCCACCCAAGAUGCCCUUCAAGUCGACACCUAAGCCACUACCCAUGGCACUGAUUAAGGGUCGCGAGAACUGCACGGUCACGGUCAAGAUUAGCAAGGCUCACUUGAACUCCAUGGCGCGCGAGGAGAUCACGUCACGCAGGGCGCUGUGGGGCACCGACGUUUAUACGGAUGAUUCAGAUGUUAUCGCAGCCUGCAUACACGGUGGCUGGUUCCGUGGCGAGUGGCCCGAGGAUGUCAAUGUUGACAUGCUUGGCCUGUAUCCUGAGGAGCCGUCGCGGCCGUCUGGGCCCAACGGCAAGGGGCCAGGGAGCAGGAAGGCUGCUCAGCACCCACACAUGACCAGCGAGGCGCUCCCAACACCAGACGCGCUCACGGAACCCCUCAAGACGGGUCCGGUCAAUGUUCCGCCAGAUAAGGACCUUCACGUCACUGUCCUUGUCCUCCCGAAACUGCAGCACUACGCGUCUACCGUGCGUUACGGCAUCAAGAGUCGCGAAUGGGGGAAUGCAAACAGAGUCCGGGGGUCCUCGAUGACUGCCGAUGACUACUCGCACAACCCCAAGCUGACGGCUUCACACGACGGCCUCAGCUUCAAGGUGCUGGGUAUCCGGUGGGUCACUAACGGAGCGGGGGCCCAGUCCCGCAUCAGGGGCGCGGCGCGGCGCGAGCGUAUGAGUCGCGCGCUGUGUGAGGUGUCUCUCGGCACGGGUGCGGGCCUCAACCUUGGUGGCUUCUCGGGACCGGCCGGCGGCGACCAGGCCCAACGCGCUGCGGGAGCCAAGGCCGUCGCAGAGCUCAAGGCAAGCCUUGGGAAGGACCAGGAGGCUGUCGCAAAUGGCCAUAUAGAUGGUGACAGCGGCCAUGCACCGGCAACACCUCAAGUGCCCGCCGCCGACGAGGGUAACAAGGAGAACCAGCCUGCUGUCGCUGAUGUUAGCAUGGCUGAUGACAGUCAAGACAGCAAGUUGGUCGGGGUCACAGCAGCUGUCGUUGAGGAAAAGCCGCCCACUAUGGAGGUAGAAUCGGGGGCUGCUAAGAAAGCGCCCGAGGCAGAGGCUGCGAUUUCUGAUGCUGACACUUCGGCUUCUGCUGCUAGCGCUGCCAAGGAGGCCGCGCCAGCUCCCAUGGGUUCACCGGCAGCCGAGAGCAAAGAGGCAAAGGCGCCCGAGGACGUGCCAAUGGCUGAGGCCUGCGAGCCCGGCGCGCCGAGCGCACCCGUCGAGGCUAAAGUCUAGAAGACUAAGAAAUCGUCUGGUAACUGGAUAUUCUUGUUCUUGCCGGAUCUGUCUUUUUUCUUCUGCUCAUCCCAAUCCGUGCGGCGACGCGGCGCAAAGCCCCUUGGGCCCAUGGGGGUUGCGGCAUGUGACUUUGCAGCUUGGUGCCCAUCCAUGGAAUCUGUACCCCCUCGAUGGCCGGUGUUUAUACGCGCGCAGCGAGCCUGGGCGCUAUCCAUCGCAUAAUUAUAUACCCUUGGAUUAAUCGUGUACAACUACUCUUCUAUAUGGGAAUGAAUGGCAUUGGUGUUGAGCCGUGAGCUGUGUGAAAAGGGACCCAUGUGCCCAAGCUUGAU